AUGGACCCCAACUUUCUCAAGAACCUAGACUAUUUCGCCGUCCCCAACAACCAAACCACGACCUCUGUCGAACAAACUGCCGAGUCAUCCGCCACAGGUGCUGCUAGAAAUGCGCCCGCCACCUCUCUUUGGGAAUCCCUAGGGGGCGACCAAGAAAACUCCGAGUCAACGUCCAACGGUCCUUCCGGAUCGCUGCCGUCCUUUGCUCAGCCAUCACCCAGCAGCACUAACCUCGGCCUGGGCUCCAUGCCAGCUCAGAUGCAAUUCAGUCAUGGCCAGCCCAGGAAUAAUGGCCUUCCAAAUAGAGCUGCGCCAGGCCAGAAUUCGCGGCGGAGAGAUGCCCAUGUACGUAAGCGGACCAAGGUCGAUUCCGAGGCCGCAGCGCUUGAGUCUGUUGACUACUGGAUUCAAUUCGACGAUGACGAAGAGCAGAAGUUUGGUGGAAGCUUCGAGAUCGACUUUUCCAGACGUAGCAAUCCUACUCCGAACUACCGGCCAAGGUACUUCCAUCCUCCCACGUAA